GAAGACUUUUCUUGGCCUACUGUUGUAUUAUCUCACAAUCCCUUGUGACAAGCUUAUUCACCAUGGUUCACUACAGCAUCAUCGCGUCUGCUCUCUUGGCUGUGGCCUCCGCACAAUCCCUUGGCAACGGCCAGGAGACGCACCCCAAGCUCACCACCUAUGAGUGCACCAAGAAGGGCGGCUGCAAGGCCCAAGACAGCUACGUUGUUCUCGAUGCCGCCAGCCACUCUAUUCACCAGAAGAAUGACACCACCAAGGGUUGCGGCAACUCGGGUAGUGCACCAGACCCUGCUGUGUGCCCUGACGAGGAGACUUGUGCAAAAAACUGCGUUCUUGAUCAGAUCAGCAAUUAUACUGACUAUGGGAUCUUCACCACCGGUGCAAGCCUGCGCAUGGACUUUUACGGCAAGGACAAGAAGGUGCAGAGCCCCAGGGCGUACCUCCUCAGCAAGGGCAAGAAGAAUUACGAGAUGCUGAAGUUGACUGGCAAGGAGUUCACAUUCGACGUCGAUGUGUCGAAGCUGCCUUGCGGUAUGAACGGCGCUCUGUACCUCUCUGAGAUGAGGGCUGAUGGUGGACGUUCGAAACUGAACCCUGGAGGUGCCAGCGUUGGUACUGGAUACUGCGAUGCCCAGUGCUUCGUUACUCCUUGGGUCAACGGUGUUGGUAACAUUGAUGGCUCUGGUGUCUGCUGUAAUGAGAUGGACAUCUGGGAGGCGAACAGCCGAUCCGCUCAGAUUGCGCCCCACACCUGCAGCAAGCCCAGCCUUUUCAAGUGCCAGGGUGCUGAGUGCGGUGCCACUGGUCUUUGCGACAAGAACGGUUGCAGCAAGAACUCGUACCGCAACGGCGCAAAGGACUUCUAUGGUCUUGGCCUGAAGAUCGACACCAAGAAGCCCUUCACCGUCGUCACCCAGUUCCCCGCCAAGAAUGGCGUCCUGCAGUCGAUUGAGCGCAAGUACGUCCAGAAUGGCAUUGUCUUCGAGGAUCAGCCCAAGAACAUCACCCUGAACGACGAGACCUGCACUGCCAGUGGCGCUGAUAUGUUCAUGAAGUUGGGAGCCAUGAAGGGCAUGGGCGAUGCGCUUAGCCGUGGUAUGGUGCUGGCAAUGAGUGUCUGGUGGGACGAGAGCGGCUUCAUGCAUUGGCUCGACAACGGAGACGCUGGUCCUUGCGAUGCCACUGAGGGCGACCCCAAGAACAUUGUCAAGGUGCAGCCUGCACCCUCCGCGACUUUCUCCAGCAUCAAGUGGGGUGAAAUUGGUUCUACCUUCACGGGCAAGAACAUAUGGACUGCAUAGACAGAUAGCUGUUUGUAGACUGAUAGAUCUCGCAACGAAAUGCACGCCGCAUGUUUGCAAGUUUUGUACCGGUUUACUAAGCCUGCAAUUCUAGGACGUGGCUGAUGCGCUAGAGGUCUCGUAGCGAUAAAUUGAGACAAAUCUCGGGGUGGAUUGGUGAAAAGAGCGAG